CAGCACUUUCUGUUGUCGUCGCCUUUCCGCUCGAGAAAAGAGCCACUAAAUUUGAUAAAUGCAAUGAUAACAUUGAUAUUCUCGACGUAACAAUUUCACCUGAUCCACUCACUCCUUUAAAAUCUUUAACUAUGAAUGCUUCUGGAAAAGUAAAAAACACUGUUGAAGAAGGAGUAGUUGAAGCUAAUGUACUUGUACUUAAUGAAAAUAAUUCAGUGAAUGACUCCUUCUUAGGUGGUGAUUUUAUGCUUACAGCUAAAAAAGGGAAACAAUUUAAUGCGCUUAUCAAUAUUAAUCCGCUACCAAAUAACUUCAAAAUUGUAAUGACUGUGACUGCUUCUGAUGAUGAAGGGAAUACUAUUGGCUGUGCCAACAAAACCUUUGAUUUUUUAAAUAAGAAUUAA